AUGAUACGACGAGUAUAUGGAUGUGGAUUAUCUGCUUCGGGUGCUUUGGCUAUUCCAAGUCUUGUCAAACCUCGACAAAUUGACGGAGAAACACCAGUUACGGCGAAACAAGUGAAAUAUCCGAAACGAAUCGAUUUGGAUGAUGUUAGACAUAUUUCUGCAGGCUUUGGUUUCUCACUAUUUGCAUCAGAAAAUGUUUUGUAUGGUUCAGGAUUGAAUAAUCGGUGAGAUUUUUUUAUAAAUUCAGCAGAGAAUGUGAAUAAUUGAAAUCCUUCUCUCUAAUUGUCAAAAUAUAAUUCAUCUCUAGAUUCCAGAUUGCUUGCAAACAAUCAGAAGAAUACAUGAUUCGCGCAAAACGAAUUCGAUUAGCUGAAGAUCCAAAAAUCUUGCAAAUAUCCUCAGGGCGCGCACAUUCUCUAAUUCUCACAACUAAUGGAGUCUUUGCAUUCGGCGAAAAUUGUUUUGGACAAUGUGGUUUUGACCCGCAAAAAAGCGAAACACUUCGAAAACCAACUCGUCUCAACAUUGAGGAGAAUAUCAAAUAUAUUCAUUGCUCUUUGGACUCUUCAUUUUUGGUAACUCAGAAUGGAGAAGUUCUGUCAUUUGGUUUGAAUGAAGAUGGUCAAUGUGCAAAUUCGGAAUAUGGAAUUCAACAUGUUCCAACAAAAAUUGUCGGGGAGGCAAAUGACGCGAAAAUUGCAAAAGUUGCAGGAAGCACUGACACAAUUCUAGCUCUUUCUGAAAAUGGAGAAGUAUUAAUUUGGGGACAAACAGAAUAUGGACAAGGAUUAGAAUCAAGUCAAGGAGAUAUUCAAUUAAAUGUCAGUCGAAAUAUCUGCCGAAAUAUUGAAGUCUCUUCAAUUGCAUCCACUUCAUCUUCUUGUAUCAUUUCAACAUCUUCAGGAGAAGUUUAUGUAUGGGGAAUUGGAGUUCUUGGAAUGGGACCAAAAACUGAAAAAUUAUCUGGGUUAACAAAAAUGGAUCAACCAUUAUUCGAUGAUUUGAAAGUCAAACAAAUUUAUGCUGGAAAUACGAAUAUGGCAGCAUUGAACGAAAAAGGAAAUCUAUUUGUUUGGGGAGAAAAUCGGUUGGUUUUUUAUUUUUUUUUGUUGCUAGGGAUUAUCUUAUCAAAAUUUUUAUAUAUUUCAGUUUCUCAACACUUGGCCUCGGUCACAAAGAUCGUCAACAUUUUCCAUUUCGAAUUUCGAUUCCCGGCUCAAUCGAAAAUCUUUCACUAGGACCAGAUAUCUCAUUAUUUUUAGCGUCCUGA